AUGCCCUCUUUAACCGAACGACAUUCUGCCGCUCAAAAUGACAGCACUGCGCACCGUAGGAGUAUCAGUAUUCCUUACAAACCAGAAACUCGACGAACAAAGGCACUUUUGAUUGGCAUUGGGUAUAAGCGUAAAACUCCCCCCGGACCGCAGAGAGCUGCAACUUCUAGUACUGCGUGUACAGAUCUCAGUGAAAUCUCCACCCAACCGUCGAUAUUGUCAGCCACCUCCUAUGCUCCGACCCUGGCGUCGACUUCCACUGCGCAUGCAAGCGACAUAUCAGGCUGGGGGGCGCUAGAAGGGCCUUGGGGGAUAUUAAACGCGUCAAGUCCUUCAUGGAUGAGAGAUGGCGCGCUCGAAUGUUCUCGAGAAAACAUUCUCAAGGAGCUAGAGUGGCUAGUUCAAGGCGCUGAAAAGGGCCACCGCCUCUUCCUUUACUACUCUGGACAUGGAUUCCAGCGUCCUACACGAAGCCCUACAGAGGAUGAUCACAUGGAUGAAGGGAUGGUCCCUAGGGAUUGCCUGCGACCAGCGCUCCGAAACGGCAAGGUCACGAAACCCUGCCCGAUUGAUUGCUUGUGCCCACCCGGAGCGAACUAUUGCUGGAAGCGAACAUAUCAGGGGAUGAUCCGAGACAAUGAGCUCUACAAUAUAUUGGUCAAGAAUUUGAAUGGGGCGAACCUGCUGGCAAUUUUCGACUGCUGCCACUCUGGAACCAUAUUAGACUUGGGUUUCGAGUAUACACAUACAAGUGACCAGAAGGCAGAGGUCAAAAGGAAAAGUUUCCGCCGACAAAAACCGUGGCCGGUUGAGGGCACAGAGAACAAGCUUUCACCCAACAGUACUUAUUCUCGCGUUCUGAGCGCUAGCUUAAGCGCUGUUUCGCUGGUACUUGAUGGAACCGGUAAGCCAGAUGGCCCCUCACGCCCAAGUAUCGCUCUCUCGACUGGGACCACGAGGAUACUGGAUGGUCCAGUCUAUGAAACGCCUAUCGAGGUUUAUCCCCCUAAGGACCCUUGUCAGGAUGAUCAGGAAAGGAUCAGCCAGGCUGUUUGCGAUAGUUUCAGGGAGUACCAGAGGCCAAGCACUGGUGGUAAAGUGUUGACAAUCUCUGCCUGCUUUGACGAUCAAUCAGUGUGGGAGGUGAAGACCUUCUCUACGCACAAUAGAGCGUUCCUUAGUGUAGGGUUACUUACGCAUGCAUUUCUCCACGCAUUCGAAGAAAAAGACACCCUCACACGACGCCAAUUGAUUAAACGCAUGACAGAGAUUAUGAAAGAGCAAUUUUACGUGCGAAGAAAGUUACUAGACCAAACGCAACGCCAAUAUCUGGACAGUCAUUCCCGUACUCUGAUUCCCCCCGUAUUUGAUGACCCGGACAACUCGACCGAAGAUUAUUUUCAGUUUAUGGAACGCGGGGAAGAGCUCAAGAAUAGUCGACCUAGUAUCCCAGUACUUUCCAGCACGCACUCCCUUGAUAUGGACGCGCUUUUCAAAUUAUAA